AUUUCAAACACGACGACGCCGACGCAACAAUACGGGCGCCGCGACCCAUAAAGCCGUUGAGGAAAAUCAUAGUGCGGCGAACUCGUUUUGCGAACAGACGCGCGUACGGUUUUUCUCUUUUUCGAAUACGAAACGUUUACCCGCAGUGAUAUUUUUAGCUUUCGUUUACAAACAUUCGUACCAAAAAUAUCAAAGAAAGUGUUUCCGUAAACAAGAUGUUUAGGUGUUGUGUUGUGCGAUUCUUCCUAAUUGGAUUAAACUAAUUUGUAAUUAAUUACAAAAUCAAGAAGCUUUGGAUUGCGUUUCGAUAUACUGAGCUGGAUUUUUUAGUGUGUGAAGAUGAGUUAGUUAGAUAGUGUUUUCUCGGGAAGGAAGCGCCGAGAUGAGAGACAUCUAAGAAUGCAACGCGCAAAGGGGCUAAUUUUUGCGCCAUGAGCCCCGGGGCAUGGCGGUUGCCACCCUGCUGAUGUUGGCAGCGGCGUUGGCCCUCGCGGCCCCCGAUUGGACCGACUGCCCAGCACCUUGCAUCUGCAAAUGGUCAAAUGGAAAGAAGACGGCGCUGUGCAGAAAUGCGGGGUUUACAACCCUUCCCGAAUCUUUAGAUUCUGAAAUGCAGGUCUUGAAUAUAUCGGGCAACUCAAUUACUAAAUUGGGUAAGGAUGCGUUCAAGAAGGUCGGACUGGUCAAUCUUCAACGUAUCUACAUGCGCGCGACAGGUCUUCGUGACAUCCAUAGGGAUGCGUUUCGCGAGUUAAUUAUCCUCGUAGAGGUCGACUUAUCAGAUAACGAAAUAGCUAAUUUGCAGGCGAACACGUUCUUCGGCAAUGAAAGACUUAGAGUGUUGUGCUUGAAUGGAAAUCCGCUAAGGAAACUUGGACAGGCACAAUUCCCAACGCUCCCUCAUCUGAGGACUCUCGAGCUUGAGGGCUGUCAGUUAGAGAGUGUGCAUAGGAACUCGUUCAUUCAUUUAGUUGCUUUAGAAUCGCUCAACCUGAAAUCGAACAAGCUGAACAAUUUGUCAGAAACGGCCUUUAUGAACUUUGCCCACUUGAAAUCUCUCGCGUUAGAUGGAAACCCUUGGAAAUGUGAUUGCGAUUUACGCGGCUUUCGUGAUUGGUUUCUAGCAAGUAACCUCCGUUCGGUGUCAUUAAUAUGUAAGGAACCCGAACACUUGAUGGAUGUGCCGUGGGAAGAUGUGCCCUCUGAUCAAUUUGCAUGCCCUCCUCAGGUGACGGUCACUCCGUAUCCUUUGAUACAAGCGGAAGCUGGUGGAAAUGUAAGUUUCGGAUGUCACGUAAAAGGCGAUCCUGAGCCGGAAGUUACGUGGUUAUACGAAGAUAGGCCCAUUAAUCAUACAUGGCUUGUGUUAGAAGCUGAAGAGGGCCUCCUCGAUAAGUGGGCCAACAUCAGUGUUUUUAACGUGAGCGAUGCCGACGCGGGGGUGUAUACUUGCGUUGCAAAAAACUCGCUAGCUGCCAUUAGCAGUAACGUGACUUUGGUGUUACCAGAGGUUGUCACAGCGACUACUUUAAGUAAAUCGGAAUCUAGGUUAUUAUGGUGGAUUCUUGUGUGUAUCGGAGGAGUGUUAAUGUUUUCGGUUAUGUGUACAGUGAUGACAGUGUGCUGUCUUAAGAACAAAAGUCGAAGAAAACGACGCAAUUUAAAAGCUAGUGUAAGCUUUACGGACCAAGAAAAGAAGUUAUUGGAUGUUAGCAUAGCGACGACGACGGAUCGUGGAACGGGAAGCUGCGAAGCGUUGGCGCCCGACUUGGACAUCAUGGAUCCCCCAGUACAUAUUACAAUAGAAAGCGAACCACUACCCUUGGCGGUGUACCCACCACCUCCUGAGUUUUCUACGAGCGUCUUGCCUGCGGGUGCAUACGGCAACAUAUUAAUUUCAGUAUCGGUUAGUAGAGAUCCCUCAGUAGAUGCAUCAAGGUGUCCUGAUCUAUUGGAUUUAACCCAUAGGGUCAAACCAGUGUAUCAUGGUAUGGCCACCCUCCCAAGGAGACCGCGUGCAGUACCACAGUACGAUAACAUGGGACCUCGUGUUACGGCGGGGGGCAGUUCUACAUUGUCGCUGCCUGGAUCCGCAGCAGAGCUUCCACCACCACCUCCUCCCCCACCCCCAAGCUGUACCCCUCUAACUCCCGAGUUCGUCUCUCUAUAACCUCCCUGUGGUUCAUCUUGAAUUAGUGCCUUUGCUCAUGUAAACAAAGUCAAAUGGUUUAGCGGUUUUAACAAACUUUAAUGUCAAUUAAUGUUACACCUUUCAUUUGAAUUAUACUAAUAAAGCAACGAAAUUCCUUCCAACAACCAUAAAUUUGCGAAUAAAAAAGUGAAACAAUCAACAAAGUCGCCCUACAAAAUGUAACUUGUAGGGAAGUUCCACACAUACGUUCUGAUCAUAACGUGAGAUUUGUGUUCUGGUUUCCCACCCGCGGUGUGUUGUAAUAGUAUUUCGUGAGGGAGAACAAUACAUUAUUCAAAAUGUCGUGAUAACGUACUAAAUACAUGACAUUCUACGAUACCUUAUAUCGUAGGUAUGCCAUCUUCCCGAUUUUUAUUUCGACAUGCAUCCUGCUACCGUUACGUAAUGUCAGACCUGAUUUAACGUUCUUGUUAUCAACUUUCUACAAGGAAAGGGUGUCCGUUGUUCAUUGCGAAACUGCGUGCACCGGUAAUUUAUUUACUUAUAUCGUGUAACUUCUUUGAAUUUAUUUGUUUAAUAAAAUUGGGCGAAAUUUACCUAAUCUUGCGGACGGAAAGAUAAAUUUUCAUUUCUCUGACUUGAGUUUAGUUCAGAGGAUGGUGCGAGAUAAUUGAAAGUUUUUCAUAUGAGUUGCAAAUUUGAAAUAAGACAUUGCAAUUUAUUAAAUUUUCAGUUUAUUUCCUUGGAGCAUUUCAGUAGAUUCAGUGAUUUGAUGUUGUUUGAUACACCCACCGCUUCGGUUCACUUCUUUGGCGAGAUAGGAAUGAUUGUAGCCCAUCUGAAGGAGCACAUUAGGUCAUCUUAUGGUUGACGUAGGGUCUCAGAAAAUAUGAACAAUGUGCGUUUUUCAGGAUACAACAUUUACAUACAUUUGAAUGCACAGUCCCAUCAUUAAACGCACUUACGAUACUUGAAACAAGUUGUAACUGUAAAUUUUAAGUCUAUUAUACCGAGGUCACAUUUCCUUCCACCUUGUCUUUAUUUAUAUUUCAAUGAACAAUAAGAAAGACAAUUUUUUGCACAAUAAAAAUACACACCUUGGAUAAUGAAGUUGAACUGAUCUAAAGGAAUAUUCUCAUUUAAAAUGAAUAUAUUAGUAUCCAAAGGAAUUAAAACACCCGAAAUAGAUUGGUUCAAAUAAUUAUUAUUAGGUAAGAUACAAAUUCGUUCCAAGCAGAUUUACACCGAUUGAUUUGUUUAUGAAUAUCCUGAGCACUUUCAAGAAAAAUUUAAUGCAAUUUCUUAAAGAAAACCGAUCAUUAUUUUUUAUACAAAUCAAAAAAGCUUACGUUACCGUAAUUAAAGCAAUUUCGAGAAUCAAUGGUUUCUUUAGGGUACAAACGGAACUGCGCUUCUUUGAAAUGCUGGACAAUAUAGAAAUUAAAAUAGGAUCUCUUAGGAAGAUACAGUUGAAGUUUUUCUUGAAUCUUCCUCGGACGGCUACCUUUUGUAUAUGAAAUUCAUCGGGAAAUGAACUUCGUUAUUUAUAUCGACUGCAUUCAAACUAACUUUCUGUUUUUGCAAUAUAAGUUAUUAGUACUAAACUAAAAAAGCCAAACGAGUUCAAGACUAAACACUGAAACUGGUUAAUUUUUCGCUUUGGAAUAUAGUUUUUUUAUUAGUCGAAACGUAACUAUGAUUUAUUUCCUGGAAACGUUUUUAAUACUGAUUUACCCGCAUGCGUAUUUGACGAAGACAGUUUAUGAAACUAUGAAUUGUGCAAAUCAAGGAAUUUAAUUACCAGACCCUUUGCAAACGAAUUGUAAGACAAGACAAGUAAUUGCUCAGCAUACAAUAAAGGGAAGGGCAAAGCUUGUAGCACAAGAAACGUUAUCUUGGCCAGACAGUUUUUAGAAAAAUUCUCUCAGAUUACUCAAUCCGAAUUAAAUAUGGUCUGAUCAAAAACAGCAAAAUGAAAAAAAUCCAGUCGCAACUCAUCUUAGGGAAAACAAUUUCCUGAUAAAAACGAUUAGAGCAACCUAACAUUGCGGGUAGUUUCUCCAGAAUGAAUUAGGAUCAUUCUUCUCCACUACUGCCACUUUGACUCACACACUCACACUGCCGAUUUGGCUGGUUUUAUUAUGAAAUUUUCAUCUUUUAAGUCGCAGCAAACAAAAUGCUCUCUAAAAGCAAUGUGCUUAAAAAGUUCGAUUGAUUUUCUCUUCAUAAUGGGCUAUCGCUAUGGGUUAUUAAUCUCCUCUUCCAUUCAUUUCCUUUUCCUUUUGAUCGAAUCAAAACCGACAUUGCUUGAGUGUUGUGAAUGGGCGAACUUAAAUAGAAUCUAUUAGGCAGUGCCAUCAUAACGAAGAGUAGCUACAAAUGAAACGCGUCAGCUGCAAAUGCAGUAAACAAAAUUUUAAAAGCGUUAAACGACUUUAUAGCUGAUGAGAGAUUCGAAUUGAAUCUGUUUUCAAAUGCCGAUAUACUGAGUUUAUACGGUAAUUUUACUUAACCAUUUCUAUUUUCUUUCCUUUAGAGACAUGAGUCUGUACAUUAAUUAAGGGAAGUUGUCAACAAACAUCCCCAGAAAGUUUUGAACAACUAUACCAGUCGAAAACGGCUGAGGCUUUACCCACGUUAAUGUUGUUAAAAUAAUUUAGCUGAUAUAACAAAGUUGGAUAUAACAGAAUAAAGUAAUAAGUUUAAUGAAAUGUUUCACAACUGUAAGUACUUUAGGAAAAUUUCGCAAGAACUUUGUUUUACUUAUUACAUCUUUAAUAAAUGUUGAAAUGGUACGGGGGAAAGACAACUGUUGACUUUGGGUUUUCUCGCAAAGAAGAUUAUGUGCGGAAGAUAUUAACCCUUUCUAAUGUUUGCGUUGUUGGGGAGCCGACCGGUGAGCUUUUAAUUCCGAUUUUAAAUUUAUGACUGCAAUGUGUAAUUCUAUAGAAAAAAAGCAGUUUUCCAACAGAACCUGAAAAAGAAAUCUAUAUUUCAGCACUGUUAUCUUUCAAAGGACGUCCCUCACCCUCUGCUGUACUUUUGACAUUCGCAUACAUUAUAAAUCUAACAAACACUUAAUUAUGCAAAUACGUAUUGACUACGCGUGUAAAACAAAACGUCUAUUAAAUCAAUAUUUUACUAGGUUAAACGGAACGUGUUUUCGUUAAUAAUUCAAACGCGCUUCCUUGACAAUAGAAAACUGGAAUUUUUUAGAACUACUGAUGUUAAGACUUCGUUUUUUCUUCUACACAAAGUGGAGGCAUUAGAAACCCAUAUAGCUGUAAGUAUAUUAGGUAGGCUUAGUUUCCAAUUUCAGCUGCCCAGUCUAUUUGUGGCAUAUCGAAAUCGAACACUGGCAUUUAUUUUCGUCAGCCCUCGCUUUAAUUAAGGAUCUUUUUCCCUGAUAGUCUCGCCUUUAAUGUUUAAAAAGGGAACAAAGGAUAAAAUUAAUGUAUACAGUUCGUAAAAAAUGUACGUGUACUUGUUCAUGAUGUUAUAUGGGUACUUACAAAAACACAACGUAUUUAAACACGCACCCUUUAUCGAUCUAAAUGUUUGCAUAGUAUACUUUAUUUGGUAAACAUUUUUGGGCUUUUCUGAGCGUUUCCAUGCUUACGUAAGGGGCAUAAUUUAAUUUAGUUUCGAAAAUAUUUGCUCGCCUUCAAGGAAAGUACUUCGUUAGGGUCCAAAGGUGAAGUGUAUUGGCCAACUAACAGAUGUUUCGUAAACCAGAAGUGCCGCAGGCCUCUUUAAGUAAUUUAACUUUGAGGUCGAAACUUCCACGAUUUUCAUCAGCUGCACUUACAAGUGAUACACCCAAUCGCUGCUAUGCACAAACGAAAUUGUGUAAGCGCAUAAAAAAUAUUACAAAAGUUUGUAUGAAAACUGUUGUUUGGCAGAAGUGGUCAAGAGCAAAAGUCAAUCAGCAUUGGAUUUUUAUGGUCUUGUUGAAGUGGAAAUUUUCAGAUAAAUGUCUACACGAAAUAAAUUUAUUGGAUGAGUGUUUGGUAGGCCGCAUAGGUCCUAAAUAUAAACUUUACUCAAUAAUUGCACGUUUUGGUUCUGGAAUUUGGACCGCAAACCUUCACACGUAAGCGAAAUUUCUCGUACAACAGUGGUACGCGUCUGCUAGUACAACUUCGCUAAAAAAAUCAAUUUCAGCACACUUAAAAUGGUGGUUCUGGAAAGUGGUGGUCUAACCUCGUCUGCCGAAAACUCCCCUACAAUCCGGUCUUUCUUCGCUUAUCUCGAACCACACAGCUUUAUCGAAAAGGUACACUCAUCGCCAGACAUAAUUUUGUUCAUGUUCGCUAUGAAGCAGUGCAUGUGUACAUUUUCCUUGAUCUCAUCAUCUUGUGCUGAUACCUAUGCUCAUGUAGUUUCUUUAUUUACUGGACUUUCACCGUGUUCAGUUCCGUUUAUCCGUAAUUCGAUUAAAAUUAAAUUUUGUCGAUAAGAUGGAAUCUAUAUGAUUGGUUAACAUCGCAUAGUUGAUACGUUGUGUAGCUUUUUGUGUUGUUUAAUUAUCUCAUAAAACUGCGAGUUUGGAAUUUGUAGAGUAAAUCGCAAUACCACUUCACCAUUUCUUCUUUUUUUGGAAUUGCUGGUUGGAACUCGAUCGAAACUUUCUUGUACAAUAACUUUGCAAACACCAAGACUGACUGUCUUUCACCAAAAUCCUAACCAAACAACCCCUUUUCCGUUUGCUUCGUAUUUAACGACCCUGCUUUCAACUUUCCGUUGCCGCUUCUUUAUGAUUUUGUUAACAUUAGCCAACCAAAUCCCCUAGAAAAAAUGGCUGGAUUUCCCUCUCGUCUGACUUGAAAUGCGCCUUCUUUAAACUAACACCAGUGUUACUAUCGACGAACAUCUACUUGGUUUUCAAAGAGCAAUAACAAACUUCUUAUCGCAAGACCGGAUUUAAAUGAGAUAAACUAAAAAAAACUUGCAAAUGUCCCUAAUCUUUCUUAAAUGUAAUCUACUGAACAAAUACAAAUAAAAAUACAAGACGAUUAUUUAAAAAAAACGCAUUUCUAAUGCAAAUCAACAUUGGCUUCAAAUUCAAAUGGUAUGAUCGAAAUUGCAUUCAAUCUAAAUCAGCGACCAUAUUUAAACUUAAAGAAAAUUGAAAUUUACAUUAUACAGGGUGGUCCAUCAGUAUUACAGGUCAAUUUAAGUACUUGAAAUUGAAGAAAAAAUUCACACAUGUAAUUUAAGCUUUAGAAUUCUAUUUCAAAUAAAGAACAAUGCUAGGACAAUGCGAUCAUCGAAUCAAAGAGAGAUUGCGCCGUAUUUACAUCCGCUUUCAUUCCUUAUCGCAGGUGACUAAUCUUUUAUCGAUUUCAUGCCGCCCCGAUGUCCUGAGAUACUCGCUACAAUUCCUUUUAUAGACAAACUUAUUCAAACUAUAUUUAAAUUGCGGAACUCACAAUCUUGGGUAGCAUAAAGUACUUACAGGGAUUGCUUCAAAUAAAAAUAAACAGUUACCUCCUUCUGGUUCAAUGAUGAAACUCAUUGUUAUUUAGUUGGAGCGAUUGUAAAUUUAUCAAAAAUUGAAAAAGUUUACUCUCCUAUUCCAGAAAUAGGUAAUAACCGCAGCUUUGUAAAUUGAUAAACGCAAACAGAUUCCACAAAAUUGAAAAGAUACAACGAGCAUUGUUUUAUAGUAUCUGUUUCUUAUACAAAUUUAAACAAUUCCGUACUUUCGAACUAAUUUUAAUAUGAAAAUUGGCAUCCCGUUUCUUCUGUUGGUCACACUAAUGACUUAACUAAUGACCAAAACUCUGAAUUGUGUGAUAAGAAUUGCUAUUUUGUCUUGAACAAGUAAUCAUUCAAAAUUGUGGAAUAAUAUGAUUACUAAGCAUCCAAAUUAAAAAAAAGAUCAUUACUAAUUAACUCUCCUUUUUUAGAAUAUCUUAAUUAAACGAACCUAGUACACACGCUGAAGUAUAAAAAUUAAACUGCAGAUUUGUUGAUUGUUCCACUAAUUUCUGUUUUUAUGGGUGAAUUUUUGUACUUUCUGAAGGAAUUACUGAUUAAUAAGUGUAAAUAACCACAUCAAAUCUAUGUCAUUUAUUGAUUUGUAAAGAGAAACCACUAAACCAUUUGAACUUGUACUAAUUUUAAUGUUAAUUUACGCUCGUAUUUCGUACACAACCUAUCUAAGAUGACAUUUCAAUUUUUAAUAUUUUUUUGUGUAUAAACCUAAUAGAUAUAUCCGUUUUCAUUCAAAUUUAUCCUUUCCGAGUGGAAGUUUCGAAGGACAAUGACCAUAUU